AUGGACUCGGAAGCCGGCUCCUCCUCCAGCCGUUCCUCCUCACCUGACCUGGCGACGGACGGACAGGGGCGCUCGGGGGUCUACUUCUCCAGCCGGGGCUUCCAGGGGUGCAGCCCGGAGCAGGAGCCCCCUCGCGGGGGGACGGAGGGGAGGUGCGGGGGCAAGGCCAAGGCCCCCGCGGGGCUGGCCGGGGAGGACGGGCAGGACCUGCGCCUGAAGGUGAACAGCCGGGAGAGGAAGAGGAUGCACGACCUGAACCAGGCCAUGGACGGGCUGCGGGAGGUGAUGCCCUACGCCCAGGGCCCCGCCGUCCGCAAGCUCUCCAAGAUCUCCACCCUGCUGCUGGCCCGCAACUACAUCCUCAUGCUCUCCAGCUCGCUGGACGAGAUGAAGAGGCUGGUGGGGGAGGUGUACGGCGGGAACGCCGCCGGCAGCCAGGGUCACGUGACCCGCCGCGCCGCCCCGGUUUCCGCGGCGACCGCGGCCGCCCCCCAGCAGCUCUCCCUGCACCCCCUGGUCCAGUCCCUGCACUCGCUGGUGGGAGCUCCGCCCCUGCCGGCCCCCGCCGCCCCCCCAGCCCCUCCCUCGGCUCCCCAGUCGCCCCCCUCCGCGGGCUACCUGCCCUUUCGCUCCCCGCUCCAGGACCUCCUGAAGGAGCCCUUCCACCUCUCCGCCUCCUACCGGCACUACCACGGCCUGCCCUGCCCCUGCGCCCUGUGCCAGCCUCUCCCCGCCUCCCUGCCCCGCCUGCACAGCCUCGCCAUGGGCAAGUGAGCAGGCGAGCCCCAGGACUGAACUCUGGGCCGCAGGCCGCACCACGGUUCUCUGAAAUCGCAGCAAAGCUGCUGCAGCCUCUGGGACCUAUCAGAGGGGACUAUUCCUUCUUAUCCAAUCAGAAGGAAGGGAAGAAAGAAGUAAGAAACCACCUUGAAAGUUUCUGUCUAAGUGUGUAAAUAUAAUGUACAGAUAGUGAUUUCUUCAGCAUGCCGUUGGCAUUUUGUAAUUUUCUUUUUUUGGUCAGUAUAUACUUGUUUACAUCGGCAACUUUUCUAGAAAGUGCACAGAACCAUCAGAUAAACAUUCAGUUCUGUUUUCUAAUUUAUGUUGUGCUGAACAGUUGUUAUAUUCCUGGCCUGAAACAGUGAAGAUAGCUGCUAUCAAUUUGUCUUUUUGGCUAUACAGCUACCACAACAAGGACAAAAAUGGUAUAAAGAAUUUAA